CUUGUUGUUCACGCAGGAGAGAGACGUGACUGUCGUGGAUCCUCUGGGGAGCCUCAACAACAUCAUGAUGCUGACGAGGCACAGAAGAGUCUCUCCAGAUCAGAACACCUCAAGAAACACCAGCGGAGACCCACAGGGAAGAAAUCUCACCGCUGCUCUGACUGUGGGAAAGGUUGCAAAUCUUCAUCAGAAUUUAAAAUACACCAGCGAGUACACACAAGAGAGAAAUCUCACCACUGUUUUGAUUGUGGGAAGAGUUACUUAAGAAUAAAAUCACUAAAAGAACACAUGAGAAUUCACAUAGGAGAGAAACCUUUUAGCUGUGAUCAGUGUGGGAAGAGUUUUACUACAUCAAGCCAUCAGAUUGUACACCAGAGAUCACACACAGGAGAGAAACCUUAUAGCUGUAAUCAAUGUGGGAAGAGUUUUAAUACAUCUAGCAACCUUAUUGUACACCAAAGAACACACACAGGAGAGAAACCUUAUAGCUGUGAUAAAUGUGGGAAGAGUUUUACUCAGCUAAGCGGUCUGAUAUACCACCAGAGAACACACACAGGAGAUAAACGUUAUAGCUGUGACCAGAGAUAAUCUGAUUAAAGAUCUCUGAUCAAAUAUUAGAAUAUACAUACAUGAAGGAGUUGUUUCAUGAUUUCAAUGAAUUAAUGUCACAAUUUAGAAUGUUAACACAUUGUAGUAGGAGUAUUUUAAUGAUGUCAGAAUGUAGAAGCCUAAACGUUUGCCCCCUUAUCAAUUGAUUUCAGCAUGAUAUGGAUAUUAGCCUCAGGGGAAAAAUCCAGGCUCUGAAUUGAAAGAGUACUAUUUAUAUGAUUUAACAAACAUUUACUUACCAUGUUGGUGACCCACUUGAAUCAAAAUGCAACACUUCAAAAUGUAGCUAGCGGUUUUCUACAAAUUGUCCUCUAACCAGGGAUGUACACAUUACUCCCAUAUCCGGGUGUUUUUUUUAGCUGAUUA